GAGUUUGGUUCAAGGUUCAGUAGGACAAGAUGGUUUAGGUCGGUGGUUCUCAAUCUUCCCAAUGCUGCGACCCUUUAAUACAGCUCCUCAUGUUGUGGUGACCCCAACCAUAAAGUUAUGUUGUUGCUACUUCAUAACUGUAAUUUUGCUACUGCUGUGAAUCAUAGUGUAAAUAUCUGAUUUGCGACCCUCAAAGAGUUUGUGAUUCACAGGUUGGGAGCCAUUGGUCUCCGUGGUGACAAUGCAGAUAGUAGACAGGACACUCAGUGGGGAUGGCCCCUGCUGCGGAGUGUGGUGGUGUUGACUCUCCUUGGGACCGGAGGGAGGAGCAGAGAAGGACCGAGGUGACGAGUUCCAUCAGCCUGUAGAAGCGGGCGUUCAGGAAGGAGUGCCACUGCACUGGCUCAGGGCCUGAUUGGGACAUCAGAGGAGCCAGGGCACAUCAGUCGUGCUGGUGGGGACAGCAAGCCAGGCUCAGUCUGGAUGUGGUUGUCGUGCCCCAGGUUUCCCAGACCCAGCAAACAGAGGCCCAGAGGGGGAGGUGAGAUUUCCCAGGGUAUCCUGGUGACUCAGAGACACGGGCUAGAAUCUGUGCCUCCUCUAGAGUGACCAUUGUUCCGUCUGCGUCCGUGUGACUCAGUGCAGGCCCCUUCCUCUGGUGACCGCUUGAAUGAGCCUCUCCUACGAAGGAACCCACAGAACUCUGCAGACUGUGUGGUCAUAGCCCUGGCUGUUGCUAGCCAAUCAUGUGACCUCAGUGACCCACUUUGGACUUUAGGCUCUGCAAGUGAAGAUGCAGUAGGUCAGUCAGAGCUGGUGACUUCUAAUGGCCGUCUCAACUCACUCUGAACUAACACACAGUAUAGACUCCAGUGUCCCCUCAUCUGCGCCUGCUAACCCAGCCCUUCCAGAGGAGCUCUUGCCACCCCACUCACUCACUGGGUCAGCAGGUGUUUACCAAGCUCCCAGUGUGUGCCCAGCCCACCCUGCAGGUUCACAUCAGAGCCUGGGGGAUGGGCAGAGUCCCUGUGAGAUGGUAGAGAAGCUUCCUAGUCAGCCCCAGCAAGAGUUGGCUGCCAAGGCUUCUGAGGUGCUGCUGACCUGGGUGGGGGUCAGGGUAGAUCUGGGGGUGCCCACCAGGGUCAUAUCAGAAUCAAAACCUCCACCUUGACCUUAUUCAUAUUGGUCUUAAUCACCAAGCCAAGCUCUUUUAAUGUCUAGAGGCCAACUCCAAGCCCCUGACGCAUGUACCAAUCCUGUGUUCCUUUUCUCAGUCGGGACCUGCCGGGAAGGGGGUUGCUUUUUUGAGCACACAGAUCUAGGAAUCUCAGGUGUGAAGAGACUGAGCAAGAGAGAGAGCUGAAGGGCCCUGAGGCUCAGAGGUGAACACUUCCCUGGCCAGCCUCCUCUCCAAGCUCCACGGUCUGGGUACCUGUGUGGCAAGUGGCAUGGUGUUUUCUCUCAUCAUCGGCCCCUAACUCAACCCCCACCGUCUCAGAGAGGUCUUCAUACACUGUAGGGUGUAGCUUCUGCAUAGUGGGAGCGCCCCUUCUGUUCCUUGUCUACCCCUUGUGACUGCUACUCACCACCAUCUCCCUCAUGGGGUGCUGGCUUCUUGUCUCCUGUGGGCCCCACAAUCGAAGCAAAUCCCUUGCCUGGGUGCUCCAGGUCCAUGCCAGCUGGACAGUGGUCCUAGAGCAACCUACAAUGGGGGCCUCCGGGCACCUCAGCUACACGGUAGAGAUGCUGGCCUCACAUCCUCAGACCCCAGGCUAGUCCAGGAGCAGCCCAUCCCUCAGACCAGCAUCCUCAGCAGGCUAGCAUCUGUCAGCCUACACAGGGCUCUGAAGCCCCGAAGCCACAGGUCUCUGGCCAUCCUCUCUGCCCUUGAGAUUCACUGAGCUGUACUUCCAUAACCUUCUAGAUAAGGCAAAACUUCUCAGGCCUUCACCAUGGCCUCCAGGCUGUACACACUCACCUGAAUACCCUGGCAGCCUGCUUCUUGAUGUGGGGCCUCUGUCCUGCCCCACCCGAGCAGGUCAUCCCCUUCUCCAUAGCCCACAGUCAUCCCUCCCUAGACUGGAAAGUGUUUCUUCCUCUGACUGAGUCUUGCUCAGGCCAGAAGCACUUUUAGCAGGGCCAUGGCCUCUGUCUCUGUGUCCCAGGUGGCUGGCUCAUAAAUGCUUAAUGAACAAGUGAGUGAGCAAAUUCCAAUUGAAUGCAACAAAUAGUUAUCGAGCUGCUGGGCCUGGCGGGGUGGGGCGGGGCAGGUGGUAAUGGAUUGAGCUGACUAUGCUCAGCUCUGUCCAAGUGAGCUCGUGUCAGGGCCAGGGGACUGGGAAGGGAUGGGGUAGGAGAGCUCAUGGAGAGGCGUUGUCAGUUGGAGCAAUAUGGAGGAACGAACUUAGGGUCCUGAGACCCCAGUCACAACCUGAGGCCACCAGACUGACAGGGGUUGAAAAUUCCGUGGGGGACUCUGGGGAAGACAAGACGAGACACCCUUCCUUUAUUCCAGGGCCUCCACUCGGUGUCACCUUGGCCCCUCUGCAAGCCAAUUAGGCCCCAGUGGCAGCAGUGAGAUUAGUAUUCUUAGUAUGAUAUCUCCCGGAUGCUGAAUCAGCCCAAGCUUAGGGAGAGAAGGUCACUUUAUAAGGGUCUUGGGGGGGUUGAUGCCUGGAGUUGCGCUGUGGGAGCUGUAGGUGGCUGAGCUAGGCAGGCAGCCUCAGUUUCUGUUGACGAGCAGCCCGUGGGGCAGCUUCGAGGGCCGCAACCAUGAACGGCACGGAGGGCCCCAAUUUCUAUGUGCCCUUCUCGAACGCCACAGGCGUGGUGCGCAGCCCCUUUGAGUACCCACAGUACUACCUGGCGGAACCCUGGCAGUUCUCCGUGCUGGCAGCGUACAUGUUCCUGCUCAUUGUGCUGGGCUUCCCCAUCAACUUCCUCACGCUCUACGUCACCGUCCAGCACAAGAAGCUGCGUACACCGCUCAACUACAUCCUGCUCAACUUGGCUGUGGCUGACCUCUUCAUGGUCCUGGGAGGAUUCACCACCACGCUCUACACCUCACUGCAUGGCUACUUCAUCUUUGGGCCCACAGGAUGUAACAUCGAGGGCUUCUUCGCCACACUGGGCGGUGAAAUCGCCCUGUGGUCCCUGGUGGUCCUGGCUAUUGAGCGGUACGUAGUGGUCUGCAAGCCCAUGAGCAACUUCCGCUUUGGGGAGAAUCAUGCCAUUAUGGGUGUGGCCUUCACCUGGGUCAUGGCGUUGGCUUGUGCUGUUCCCCCGCUCGUCGGCUGGUCCAGGUACAUCCCCGAGGGCAUGCAGUGCUCAUGUGGGGUUGACUACUAUACACUCAAGCCCGAGGUCAACAACGAGUCAUUCGUCCUCUACAUGUUCGUGGUCCACUUCAGCAUCCCUCUGAUCAUCAUCUUCUUCUGCUAUGGGCAGCUGGUCUUCACAGUCAAGGAGGCGGCUGCCCAGCAGCAGGAGUCAGCCACCACCCAGAAGGCUGAGAAGGAAGUCACCCGCAUGGUCAUCCUCAUGGUCAUCUUCUUCCUGAUCUGCUGGCUCCCCUAUGCGAGCGUGGCCUUCUACAUCUUCACCCACCAAGGCUCCAACUUUGGCCCCGUCUUUAUGACCGUGCCAGCUUUCUUUGCCAAGAGCUCCGCCAUCUACAACCCGGUCAUCUACAUCAUGAUGAACAAACAGUUCCGGAACUGCAUGCUCACUACCCUCUGCUGUGGCAAGGUUCCAUUUGGUGAUGAAGAGGCCUCUGCCACUGUCUCCAAGACGGAGACCAGCCAGGUGGCCCCAGCCUAAGCCUGGCCAGAGACUGGCUGACUGUAGGAGUCUCCUGUCCCCACCCACCCCAGCCACAGCCCCCACCAGGAGCAACACCCGUUGGAAUGAGGUCAUGCAGACUCCCUCAGUGUUUUCUUUGUUUUUAAUUAAUUCAUGAAAGAAAAAUGAGGCUCCCCACUCAACAAGGACAGCCCAAGAAAGGACAUCCAUCCACCAAGACCCGCAACCUGGAGUCCCCAAUUCCCAGGGACCAGUGGUAUCUGUACCCCUCCCCCCAGCUUGUUGCUCAAGAACAUGACAACUGUCCCAGCGUAGGGCUAAGUGUCUAGGACAGAAUGGAGCUCACAGUAGCUAACUAAUAAAUGCUAGCUGGAUGAAGGGAGGAGCGAGUGACUGAAUGAGUGGAGAUGUGAGUGAGGGGAGUGAUGGAGGGGAACACGUGUGUCCUCAAGUGCUCAGCCUGGCAGAGCCAGUCAUGUUUGGCUGGAAUCUAUAAGCAAUUGUUUUUACAUCCCUGCCCUGGUUGUCUUCCCCACCCCGAGAUGGAAAUCUUAAGUUCCAGGUCCUGACAGC